AUGGGAGGAUGCUUUUCCAAACCUAAACCAGUUGAGGUAAAAGUUGAAGUUAUUCUACCAGAAAAAGAAAGGGAAAAAGAAGAUAUGUCUCCCAAUGGCAAAGCGAGUCCUUUGGCCUAUAAAUCUAAUGGAACAACAAGGCACUAUCAUCAUGAGGAAAGACCCAUAACCCUCAAUCCGUACACUAAUCCAAAGGAUGUGGUGGAAGCUUCAGUUUGUCAUGUAAAGGAUCUGGAAAACGGACAAAUGCGGGAGGUUGACCUAGGAUGCGGCAAAGCUUUGCUAAUUAAGCAGAAUGGAGAAUACUAUGCAAUGGGGCACAAGUGCCCACACUAUGGUGCUCCUCUAGUAAAAGGUGUGCUCUCUAAAGGCAGAGUGAGUUGUCCCUGGCAUGGUGCUUGUUUUAAUAUUGGUACAGGCGACAUUGAAGACUUCCCAGGCUUAGAUGGAUUACCAAAAUUCCAGGUUAAAAUUGAGAAGGAGAGAGUAUAUAUUCGAGCAAGCAAACAGGCUCUUCAGUCACAACGAAGGACCAAGGUUAUGGCAAAAUGCAUAGCACUUAGUAACUAUAGCACAGCAAUUACCAAUGUUCUCAUUAUCGGAGCAGGUCCAGCAGGAUUGGUAUGUGCGGAAACACUAAGGCAGGAGGGAUUUUCAGACAGAAUUGUAAUGUGUACCACAGAGAAGUACUUACCAUAUGAUCGAUCCAAGCUAAGCAAAUCAAUGGAUUCUCAAGCAGAGCAGAUUUUCCUUCGAUCCAAAGAAUUCUUCCAUACCUAUGACAUUGAAGUACUGACAGAAACACAGGUUGUCAAUGUGGACAUAAGAAACAAGACAGUGAUUUUCAAGGAUGGGUUCAGAAUGGAAUACAACAAGAUACUGAUUGCCACCGGCAGCACACCAAAAACCCUGACAUGUAAAGGCAAAGAGCUGGAUAAUGUUUUCACAAUCCGAACACCUGAGGAUGCCAAUCGGGUGGUGAAGUUGGCAAGUAGCAGGAAUGCUGUUAUUGUGGGAGCCUCCUUCUUAGGCAUGGAAGUUGCAGCAUAUCUCUGUGAAAAAGCCCACUCUGUCUCAGUGGUUGAAUUGGAGAAUAUUCCUUUCAAGAAAUUUUUAGGAGAAAAAGUUGGAAAUGCUAUAAUGAAGAUGUUUGAAAACAACAGAGUGAAGUUUUACAUGCAGACAGAAGUUUCAGAGUUCAGAGAACAAGAUGGAAAGCUGAAGGAAGUGGUUCUGAAGAGUGGAAAGGUUCUGAGAGCUGAUGUGUGCGUUAUUGGCAUAGGGGCAAGUCCUACAACAGCAUUUCUUAAACAGAGUGGUAUUACCAUUGAUUCCAGAGGCUAUAUUCCUGUAAAUAAGAUGAUGCAAACAAAUAUUCAUGGAGUUUAUGCUGCAGGUGACAUUGUUGUCUUCCCAUUGGCCUUCCGAAAUAACAAAAAGGUGAAUGUGCCUCACUGGCAGAUGGCACACAUGCAAGGACGAAUUGCAGCACUAAAUAUGUUGGCCCAAGGGACAGAAAUCAAUACGAUUCCCUAUCUAUGGACUGCUAUGUUUGGAAAGAGUAUACGAUACGCAGGGAACGGUGAAGGUUUUGAUGAUGUCAUCAUCCAAGGAGAUAUUGAGGAAUUAAAGUUUGUUGCAUUUUAUACCAGGAAUGAUGAAGUCAUUGCAGUUGCCAGUAUGAACUAUGAUCCCAUAGUAUCCAAAGUGGCAGAAGUAAUGGCAUCUGGAAAGACUAUACGGAAACGUGAUGUUGAGAUGUUUAUACGUCAUGGCAAGACUGGAGACGUAUCUUGGCUCACAGGAAAGGGAUCUUAG